CUCUCAUCCUUUGCACAUCUUUUCUCUCGCUGUGCAUAUCAAAGCGGCACCGAAUGAUAAAGUACGAACGAUCAUGGAGAAAAGGAAAAACCAUGUUCGUUGUUCGUUACGAUCGAAUGUAUUAUAUGUUCGAACAUUAUAUCGAUAAAGUAAUAUGCCUUUAAAGCGUUCCUUUAGCGAACAAUUAUAAACAUAUAUUAUAUAAAUAUAUAUUAGCAGUAAACGCUUUCUCGUUCUCGGCGUGAUAAAAUACGCGUCGGCCAUUUUUUCCAAACGCAAGAAUAUUUUUCAUUUUCAAUUAAUAUUAAUAUGAAAAAUGAAGAAAACUUUUACAUUUCAGACAGAGCGUGGAUUUCUAUACGAUAUAAGCACAACUAAAGAGGAAAAGAAAAAAAAAAAAAGAAAAAAAUGUCGGAAUCAAGUUGAAUGAAAAAAAGUAUAUACGAAAAAUUUACAAAAAAUAAACAUAAAAAAAGAGCAAAUGUGCAUUAUAAAUGGAUUUUUUAUUUUUUUCGAAAAUAUAUAAUAAUUUUCGAAUCAACUUCAACGUUUACUUCAUGAAAAUGCGUAUUACUUUCUUGAAGUUCUAGCUUUUUGUUGUUCUACGAUAGAAGUGACGUUUAUUGCUAAUCGUUUUUAAUUAAUAGAUAAUGUUUAAUGUAAAGCGUACAUAUGUCGCUGAGGCAGCGAAACAUAAUAAGGAAAAUCGUAUCGUCGCGAAUCGGUGUCGAAAAAUGAUGGCGAUAUGAAAAAUGACGAGAUUCGAUCGAUGGUAUUAUCGGCAGUGUUUUCCCGAAAUAAUAAUAAUAUUAUUAAUAUUAAUAAUAAAUAAAUAAUAAUAAUAAUUUAAAUAAUAACAAUAAAAAUAAAAAAAAAAAUAUUGAAAAUCCCAUUGCUUCUCGACAAAACAGGAAAGUUUUAGAAGUUGUUUUUUUUCUCCCUUAAAAAAACCACUAAUUUUUCCAUGUUCGAGGAGUAUAUAACGAUGAAAUGAAAUUUUUAAAAAGAUGGACGAACGAGAAAGAAGCCAAGGGAAUAAUAACUCACGUCCAUGAUGUAUAUAAACUUUAGUAUAUAAGGAGUUAGAAGAAGAAGGAGCGACGAUUCAAGGAGAAUAUAUAUACAUACAUACGUACAUACAUAUAUACGUAUAUAUGUGUAUGCCUGUAUAUAUAUAUAUAUAUCUCUUAUUAAUUAUCGUUCUCAAGUCGUGCAUUUGUAUUUCGCGCGUGUUUGCUCGCGCAUCUUCCCCUUCCACUUUUUCCCCUACUCAGCUCGACGCUCACUGUCAAGCUCGAUGAAACUCGACGUCAUUGAAAGACGCUCGGAUUCGGAGAAAUUUUCAGUUGCGAAGAUACGAGCGUACAGUUUGUAUUGUUUAUUUUGAAAUCGUAGAUGAGUUAUAUAAAAAGCAUGAAUUUAUAUACAUCUCUCACAAUGAGUCACAAUACCUUAUUAUCUUUUAAAAGCUUAUUUAUUAAAAACAUACAUAGACAAGUUCAUCAUUCUUGCAAAAUACUGGUAGUCGGUGGUGGUACUGGUGGUUGUACUAUGGCAGCAAAAUUUGCAAGAAAGUUUAAAGGAUCAUCCAAUCAAAUUAUAAUAGUCGAACCAGAAGAAGUUCAUUAUUAUCAACCACUUUUUACUUUAAUCGGUAUUGGUAUGGGUUCAUAUAAUUAUUCAAAAAAGCCAAUGAAGAAUGUACUUCCACGAAAUGCAAAGUGGAUAAAAGAUAGUGUAAUUGGUUUCGAUCCAGAAAAUAAUCAAAUUACUACAAAUAAUGGCGAUACAGUGCAAUAUGAUAUUUUAAUUAUUGCAUUAGGUUUACAAACUAAUUGGGAUCAAUUACCAGGUUUAGUAGAUGGUCUUGAAAAUGCAGAAUCACAAGUUUGUUCUAUUUAUGGAUUUAAUACUGUACCUCAUGUAUUUGAUAAAAUUAAAAAAACUAAGGAUGGUACAGCUAUAUUUACAUUUCCAAAUACUCCUAUCAAAUGUCCAGGUGCACCACAGAAAAUUGCUUAUCUCGCUGAAGACUACUUUAGAAAAACUAAUGUACGUAACAACAUAGAAGUAAUUUAUAAUACAUCAUUACCUGUCAUUUUUGGUGUUAAAAAGUAUGCGGAUGUUCUUUGGAAAAUAUGCAAAGAAAGAAACAUUAUUGUUAAUACAAAUAUAAACCUUGUAAAAAUAGAUGUAAGUAAGCGAGAAGCAACAUUUGAGAAGUUAGAUAAUCCAGGUGAAACUUGUACGAUGACAUAUUCAUUGCUGCAUGUAUGUCCUCCUAUGGGACCUCCAGAUGUUUUAAAAUGUCAUCCUCAAUUGACAGAUAAAAAUGGAUUUUUAUGUGUAGAUUCUGGUACAUUAAAACAUGUUAAAUAUUGUAAUAUAUUUGGAAUAGGUGAUUGUUUGAAUACACCAAAUUCUAAAACUAUGGCAGCAGUAGCUGCUCAGGCAAAAGUUCUUUAUAAGAAUAUCAUUGAUGACUUAGCUGGUAAACCAAUGACAAUGGUGUAUACAGGAUAUUCUUCUUGUCCACUAGUAACUGGACAAGGUAAAUGUAUAAUGGCUGAAUUUGAUUAUAAAUUACAACCUAUGGAAACAUUUCCCAUAGAUCAAUCCAAAGAGCUAUAUAUCAUGUUUUUACUAAAAAAAUAUUUCUUCCCAUUUAUAUAUUGGAAUCUUAUGUUGAAAGGUCUAUGGAAUGGUCCUGAAUUUUUCCGAAAAUUUACAAGUUUUAUGAAACCUAAAACAACAUAAAAUUAUACAGUAACAACAGUACAUAUUAAUAGAUGUAACUACAGAAUUUUAAUAUGUGACACCAUAAUUUAAAAAAAAUCAAUAUUUUAUUACGUGUAUAUAUAGAUUACAUCAUUCUUAUAUUUUUACAUUAUCGAAGAAAAAUAAAAACUUUCAGAUGUUUAUAUUUCGAUCCUAAGAUUGUAAUAUAUUGUACAGAGUAUUUUUUGUGAUAUUAUAUGAAACAAUUAAUAAAAUAUUUUAUUCUUAA